UUCCAUUUGAAAAGAAAUGCAUUUCCAAUACAAUUUUAGUUUAUUAUUAAUUAUCAAACUGUGUGGAAUGUUUGUUGUACAAAUAAUACAUUUUGUACUACUAACAAUUUUGAAAUUUGUACUAGUAAAAAAUAGGAAAUUCAAUACAGAAAAAAAGUUUAACCUUGUGAUCACAGGAAAUGUGUAAAAAUUGUUUCAAAUUAUCUGCUUUUGGCAGAGAAGUGUGAUCAAUGAAAGACUUUCAGGCAUAAAAACAUUAGGAUAAUUUCUGUGGGGAAAGAAUGGAAGUGUUAUUCCUGACUCUUAAGAUCUUGUCACAUGUUUUUAAAUGAAAAACCGUGAGGUAUAUAAUCACUGUAGUGUUUAGAUUCCAUUGGAUAUAUUUAAAAGAGUGAUAAAGAUAGCUUUAUUUUUGAAAUGUCAACAUAUACGAUACACUGGAAAUUAUGUCCUUUGCAACUAUUUAAAAUUACAAUGUAAAAUUUUGUGUCAGCUUAAAAACGUGUGAGUGCUCCUGUAGGUCUUCAGGUACAGGAUCCCUGAGCGCAGACUAUGCCGAGGUGUGGGCUGUAGGACCUGCAAGGACCCUGAUGGGUUAAUCCAUCUCGGCCAGCUUGCUGAUGAUGGCGCUGAGGACCAAGGAUGGUUAGUUGAUUCUCUCAGAGUCACAGAGUUGGGCCAGAGCCCAGGUGCCCUUUCUUGCUCAUUCCUUUCACUACUUCACGGGCCUCCACUGUGCUCUGAGAUCCCACCACCAGUUUUGAGGAAUGAGGAAGGAAGACAAAAAGGGAUCUCAAAACAGUUACUGAAUAUCAGGGACUUCCCUUGGGUAGGUUGCUCACCGCCCUACGGGUCCAGCCUCAGUGGUAAGGCUGGGAGGCCAAGUCCCAGGGUAAUUGGUUGGGGGACACAACCUUAGGAUUUGAUGGACUCCAGGCUGGGGAUCUUCCUUCUAGGGUCUCCACCACCCACUAUCACCUGGGAGUGAACCUGAUCUUCGGGGCUCUGAGAGUCCGACCUGGGCGGGGUGGGGGUGACUUUGGCUGACCAAACAGAGACAGGCAGACCCAAACAGGCUGUGGCCAAAAACAUCCCAUGUUUCGGUCGUGGCCCUGAAACAUGAACUAGGACAUGGUUCCAGCCUAGAGGGUCAAGGAGGCACAGGACUAACAGGGAAGGACACAGGCUGCUGUCAGGACACACACCCAAGGCGAGAACACUGCUGACGUGGCAGCCCUCCGCCCCAGCCUCUUACUGCCCCCCGCCCCUCUCCCCCGCCUGCCAGCUGCCAACAGGGCUCUGCCCUGUGUCUGCCACACCUGUCACUGUCUGUCCUUGUCCAGGGGGAGCCCCAUCAGCCCCUCCUCAGCUGCCCAGCAGAGCAAGCUGUUAGUGGGGAGGGGAGGGAACAUGGAGCGGGGGCCGGCGGUGGGGGCAGGGGGGGGGGCCAGGGCCCAGAUCUGGGCACUGCUGGGCUGCUUGGUCAGGGUGCUGCUCUGGGUGGCCUCUGCUUUGCUAUACUUUGGAAGCGAACAGGCUGCCCGCCUCCUGGGCAGCCCCUGCUUACGGCGCCUCUACCACGCCUGGUUGGCAGCAGUGGUCAUCUUCGGGCCCCUUCUGCAGUUCCAUGUCAACCCUCGGACCAUCUUUGCCAGCCAUGGCAACUUCUUCAACAUAAAGUUUGUGAAUUCAGCAUGGGGCUGGACGUGCACCUUCCUGGGGGGCUUCGUGUUGCUGGUGGUGUUCCUGGCUACACGGCGCGUGGCAGUGACUGCCCGGCACCUGAGCCGCUUGGUGGUUGGGGCAGCUGUGUGGCGGGGUGCCGGCCGGGCCUUCCUGCUCAUCGAGGACCUGACGGGCUCCUGCUUCGAGCCUCUGCCCCAGGGCCUGCUGCUCCGCGAGCUGCCGGACCGCCGCAGCUGCCUGGCGGCCGGCCACCAGUGGCGGGGCUACACCGUCUCCUCCCACACCUUCCUGCUCACCUUCUGCUGCCUGCUCAUGGCCGAGGAAGCAGCAGUGUUCGCCAAGUACCUGGCCCACGGGCUGCCCGCCGGCGCACCCCUGCGGCUUGUCUUCCUGCUCAACGUGCUGCUGCUGGGCCUCUGGAACUUCUUGCUGCUCUGCACCGUCAUCUAUUUCCACCAAUAUACUCACAAGGUGGUGGGCGCCGCGGUGGGGACCUUUGCCUGGUACCUCACCUACGGCAGCUGGUAUCAUCAGCCCUGGUCUCCGGGGAUCCCGGGCCAUGGGCUCUUCCCUCACCCCCACUCCAGCCACAAGCAUAACUGAAAGAAAU